AUGGACGAACCCACAUACACCGUCUUUGUCAGGGUGCCCAUUCCUCGGGGUGACUUUGUUGAUCCGCCGCCGGUCAGCUGGAAUACAACCAAAGACGAAGAAUUGUGGAGGAUCCUAUCCGGCGCAACACAGCAGGAGAUAGACUGGAACCAAGUGGCCGACGACUUCAAUGUUCCCGUAGACUUCCUCCUCAGGCAGGUCGACUAUCUCACCGAACGUCACGCAUCGCAAGUCCGUGCCCAGGUCCGCAAGGCCACCGCUGCCGCCAAGAGUGGCGGCAGCUCCAAUGGCCCGUUACCUGCCCCCCCGGGGUCCGACUCAGCCGCUGGCAUCCGCUCAUUACGACGCAAUUCGCGAACCAUGCGCACCGUCGGAAGCGGCUCUGCGACACCCAUCAAUGCAUCCCAGCGUCCCGUCGUAUCCCGUAAUGCCUCGGGUGCAACGGCCGUACCCCGCGACAUGGGCAGCGCGUCGCCCAGCCCCGCCAACUCGGGCAGGAUGGUGUCGGCAGCCGACCAGCCCGGUCGUCGCAGGCUUUCGUCACUACCCAUAGCCACCAAUACCGACGACCAAGAAGUACCGGCACGACGCGCAGAGACAGACGCAUCACCGGGUGCAGAGCAGGAUACGGCAAAGGAUGAUCGGUCGCCGUCGCCCGGCCCGGCCGAGUCCAGCUCGACAACGACAUCCGACGACGAAUCUAUGCCGGCGCAAUCCCGCAUCAUCCGCCGUCCUCCUCGCUUCCAGAGCCAAGAUACGACGAACGCCUACGCCGACGAUGAGGACGAUGACGAUGACAGUUCCGAGCCGGCCUUUCAGCCGUACAAACCACCCGCUGGAUCCGCCCAGACAUCGGCGCAUGACCUGUCGUCGACGCUGCGGGGCGACGGCGUCGCACGGACAAACUCAUCAAGGAGGCCGACCAAGCAAUCGUCGCGAGACCAGCGUGGCCAUAAUUCCCAGACAUCUGAUUCAGACACGAGCUCAGCGAUGCAGCCUUCGUGUAGUGCCCCCAAGCCGCACAGGGCAGCCGGACCCUUGUCGCCUCGUCGGACAGCCGAGCUGGCGGGUCGAAGCUCCGGCGGUAGGGGGUCACACGAAGGCAGCGACGGCACACCUAGUAUGGGUAGCAGCUUCAGUGACCUUGAUGAUGCCUCGGUCACACAAUCGGCUCUUGAGGAAGCACUGGCCAGUCACAUGAACCGUGGCAUGGGAAGUCGCUUCAGCAUAAGCCAAGCCUUUCGAAGUCGGUAUACUCCCGGCGGAGGCCAAUACUUUAUCAACGAUGACGAUGAACUCCGCUCCCUCGAGGACCCAGACCAGUAUUUCAGGCAUUUCUUCAACCGCAACAUGCGCGUCAACAUGCGACGACGUUUUGCCAUAGACAGUUGCCUGGAGAAGGUUAUACACGAGCGCCUGUCGAAUCUCAAUCUGGUCAAGACGCCCCUCCCGCUGGACACCCCGUCGACGAUGAAGCACGUCCCCGUCUUCAUUGACGCCGACCUGCCCAGCAGGACCCGCGUCGUCGUCAUCUUCGGCGAGACGAGCAACAUGCUCGGCCAGCUGGCCGGGCGCGUGGUGACGGGCGAAGGCGGCAUAUCCCAAGGGAGCAUGGUGUCAGUGGUGGAGGAACUGCGGCGCCAGCACAGCGGUCCGGAUGACCUGUCCCCCCCCGGGAUCCUGGUGGCCAACACGGGCCAGCUGUACUGGUGGCCCGAGGGGUCGCGAGCCCUCACCGUCGGUGCGAGUUCCACCCUCCCGCUGCCCAGCCUGGUGCACGCCGGCUGGCGCUUCUCCGCGCAGGCUAACGAGGUGAGGGGCCACGAGACGCCGCAGCGGCACGUGCAGAGCGUGUUCGAUGACGCGCUGACGCGCCUCCUCCAGCCCGGCGCGCGCGUAGACAUCGUCGCCAUCGGCGACACGUGCGACUACGUCGAGCGUUUCCUCGACGCCGAGGCCAGCUGGGCCGUCUGGGGUGCGCGCCUGGGCUUCAUGCUCCUCAUCGACCCCAUCUGCGAGGCGGGCCGUCUGUCGAACGUUGCCUUCAAGGACUUCCUCUCCAAGCGCUCCCGCGGCUACCUCCGCUCCACCGAGCCCGUCGACACCCCCCUCGCCACGCCGGAAGGGAACCCGCACCUGUGCAUUGGCGCCUUGGGCAUGCCGUGCUACUCGUCCGCCGAGCCCAACUACACAGAGUGCAUCCUCGUCCGGUCGCUGCCCCACAUACUGGGCUACCUCGGGAGGAACGCGCUGGAUCCCGGGGCGGUGAAUGAGCCCAUAGCCCACGUGCCGACUACCACGCCCCCGGAUGAUGAGGUUGUCGAAGAGGAGGACGGAUUCGAUGACGCUGCAUGGGCCCAGGUCGAUGAUGCGCAGAAGCCAGACGUCGAGUAUUUCGAUUCCAAGAUACUAGAUCUACAGAGGAAGCAAGAGCGUUUGUGGAACGAGUUUUAA